CUUCCGCCACUCUUCAGAUAUUUCCGCCUGUUAGCGGAGGUUCUGACGUGACUUCCGCUUUUUGCGGCCCAGCUGAAGAAACCCGGAGCCGCGGAUUCGUCGGUUAUGGAUGUUGCCGAGCCGAGGAGCCACAGCUCGGUGCUGAACGAUGUGGCCGAGGUGGUGGAGCGGGUGCUCUCCUUCCUGCCCACGAAGUCACUGCAGAGGAGCGCCAGUGUGUGCAGGCUUUGGAGAGAUUGUGCGCGAAGGGUUCAGCGGAGACGCCAGCGGCUGUCAUGGAUUGCAACAAAGGGCUGUGCCUACAUAGACGAGUCUGAUGGUCAACAUUUCCUGGUGAAGAAGAUGGUUGUUGAGCUCGAGGAGGUCUAUGUACUGCCUGAAGUAGCCCUUUACAUGGCUGGCACUGAUACCUUCUGCACACAGAGUUCUAGUAGACGGAAAAAAGAGAGAAGAGAGGAGUCCGGAUCUAAAAGUAAAGAUGCAGAAGCUGCUACGAAGUUUGAGAAUCUGCUGCCUGCAGAUUGCAAGGUGUUGGGAGUCAGCUGCCCUGGCAUUGUGUACACUCCUAUGGGAAGUGGCAAGCAGAGACCUCUCGAGGUAGAAGAUGGAAUUGCAGGAUUUGCCUUGCUCCUGCCCAAAGCUGAGGGGGUGACAAUCAGAUGCUUCCACUUGUCGAACAAAGACUUCAACAAUAACACUUUUGAUCAAAGGAAACUCCAAGCAGCAGGUCUUCAAGACAACCCAGACCUGCGCACAGUUCUCCUGUUCGGAUACAAUACUUACAAGCCUGCAGCAGCGGACUUCAUUCAGCGACUCACCAGGCCUUUCAACGUGAGGAACACCAUUGUAAUAGGGGGCCAUAUUGAUCGCGUCUUUUCACCCAGUUCUGAAAGGAUUGAUGCCUCGCACAUGUAUGGAAUAGUGGGUCUGUCGUUGAGUGGCAGACCAAUCCAAGCUGCAUCUAUUCUCCUUGAUGAAGACGUGGAGACGCCCAAGAGCGUAGAAGCAGCGAUGCAGCGCCUCAAGGCUGCCAACAUUCCUGAGCACAACACUGUGGGCUUCAUGUUCGCCUGUAUUGGCCGUGGUCAGAACUACUACUGCAAGAUGGAGAACGUGGAGGCUGACGCCUUCAGGAAGCAGUUCCCAAGCAUUCCGCUGUUUGGGUUUUUUGGCAAUGGAGAAAUCGGCUGUGAUCGUAUUGUGACUGAAAACUUCUCGCUGAGAGAGUGCAGCAGCUCCUCAGAAUGUGAUGAAUUAAUUCAUGGUUAUACCACAGUAAUGGCACUUAUUCACUUCGGGCCACUGAAAUAAUUAAAAGGCCUGCUAAAGAUUAGUGGUUGGUUUAGGCCUUUUGCAAGGUCAGGGAAGUUUUUGGGCAGGUCCUUGUUCCUCAGAAUUUUGGAUGGAAUGAUGCCAAUUCUUAGCUCAGACCAAAGGCAUCUCCAAAAUUGGCCCAUAGGGUGAUCACUUACUAACAAUUUGACAAAAAACUCUCUUUAUACAUUCAGAGCACAGCUUCAACAUUUUUCUUUCAAUUGUGUAAAUUUUGAUUCAUUUUCAUCUUUAUUACAAAUGUAAAGUUAAUCAAUACAUACAAUGAUGAUUAUUUUGUGAUGUGUUUUGAAUUAAAACUACAAAGGAGUUGUGAGA